GAUCGUGCCUCACUCAAUCAUGCUGUUCCUUCAACUUCCCUUCGAUAGCCUUCCCUACACACCAUCACUGAGAUGCGACUGCCAUGUGCCCCUAGCCGUGCACUGAGGGCAGCGCGGACGCCAUUGGCGUUCGCCCGCAAUGGCCAGAAGCACUCACUGCAUACAGGCACCUACAACGCCGCGGUUAUAGGAGGUGGCAUCACAGGUCUGGCGACGGCCUUCCGCUUGUCGCAGGAUCCAAAAUGCACCAAGAUCACUCUUCGGGGCUGGAUGAUGUCGGAAACCAUCCCUGUCGGCGACAAUGAUGGGAAAGUUGUAUUUGAAUAUGGGCCAAGGACCCUGCGGGCUGCAACUCCCGCGUGUCUCCCACUUCUUGACUUGCUGGUCGAGCUAGAAUUACUCGAGGAUGUGUUGAUCACGGCCAGGUCGUCCCCCGCGGCCCAAAAUCGAUACAUUUACUACCCCGAUCACCUUGUUCGCAUGCCUGGUCGCGAUCCCAGCCGUAGCCGGUUCUCAGACCUCUACUCGAACUUUCGGACAUUGCUUACGGAACCUGUCUUUGACAAACUCGUGCGAAGUGUUGUGACGGAGCCAAUGAAGCUGCCUCCGGGGCCCAAGUCUGUGGACUCCGACGAGUCUGUGAGGGACUUUAUUUCUCGGCGACUUGCCCCCGAGAUCGCAGAUAACAUAGUCUCGGCCGUGUAUCAUGGUAUCUACGCCGGCGAUAUUGACCGGCUGACCACCUCAGAUAUCACGUACAAUCUGAUGGAUGAUUGGCUGGCGCUGCACUCGCUGGCUGCGACAAAGCAGAAGAGCUAUUGGAGUAGUUUGAAGACGCUGGUCAGAGACGCCAGUGUUAUCACCUUCAAAAACGGCGUGCAGCAGCUUACUGAUGCCUUGGCUGCGGCAUUGCGCAAAUCCAGGAAAGUGGAGUUGUUGACCGGUACAGAGGUGAAGGCUAUCAGCACAAAUCCCGUCAACUCCGAUCUGACCAUCCACUUCGGAGAGAGGAAGUCGAAUACUCAUAACCGCGUGAUUGCAACGAACCCGCCGCCCAACCUGGCACAGCAGUUGGCCACGCCUACAAGGUCGGGGCAGAGGCUGCCUCAAAACUCGAUUCGCCAAUUGCAAGAACACAACUACGCCGUGAGUGUGAUGGUUGUCAACAUUCUGUAUGAGAAUCCCAAUCUACUCCCUGUCAACGGAUUCGGCUACUUGAUCCCGCAGUCGGUUCCGUUCGAACAGAAUCCCGAGAUGGCCCUAGGGGUGAUCUUCGGUUCCGACUCUAGUGUAGGCCAGGACACAGUGCCUUGCACCAAGCUCACCGUCAUGCUGGGAGGGCAUUAUUGGGAUGGCUGGAAGACGUCAGACUACCCAGACCCGGAUACCGCCAUUGGGAUGUGCCAAAUCCUGCUCAAUAGACAUCUUGGCAUCACCGAGCAGCCUCUUCAGGCUGCUGUUAAACUGCAACGUCAAGCUAUUCCCCAGUACACGGUCGGUCAUCUGUCGCGCAUGCGGGACCUUUCACAAACAGUGCGCCAGGAUUUCAACAAUCGGUUGACUCUGGCUGGAAAUUGGUAUAAUGGCGUGGGGGUGAUGGAUUGUGUUCGGCAGGCGUACAUGGCUGCGUCGUACGGUGUUGGCGCACUUAAGCUCGAUGCACCGAGCAGUGAUGUUCCCUGGAUUAGGUACAACUGGCAGGGCUGGGAAUUAGAGGGCGGUAUACCAACCUCUCCUGUGCGAAUAACAGAGACUUACAGGUCGGAACGCAAUUAUCUCUUCUAGUUAGUGUCGGGGCACCCUUGCCCUUGCACAACUGUACAAUAUGCGCUAUCUUGCAAAUAGAAAGAAUAAUGGAAUGACCAUUGAAUGCAC